CUAAACCCAGAACAAUAAAAUCAGUCUGUAUAUGCAGUAAAGCAUGCUUGUUAUACUCACUGUGGAUCCUAAGGGGUUAAUCCUCAGCAUCGUGUAAAAAUGAUGUUUGAUCCUGUCUUCCCUGAUCCUCCCCUUCUACUGUCCCCAAUUCAUCUGCUGAUAGUACAGAGAUAUAGGGGUCAUUCUGCACAUGCUCAGUUUAAUGUGUAUUGCUACAGAGUUUUUUUUCUUUUGGAGGGUGCAUGUGAUCAGCACAAGGCCAAUCAGCACUGUCCAGACAGAGGGUCAGUGGUUUUGUAU